ACACAAAAAUAUCAUGGAUUGAUUCUAUCAUUUAAGGUUUCUAAUUCCAUAUUUAAUUUCUCGGUAUAGUUCGUAAUCAGCUAAUUACACAAAGAUAAUGUUUACAGAAACGUCAAAGGAUACCUACUAUUACUAUAAGUAAGGCAGACUUUAAGAUCCCAAAUUUCUCUGUUUAUCUGUUACUUACACAAAAAAAAAAUUAAAACAAAAUCAUACGCUUUUCACUUUUCAGUUUCAUAUACCUCUCUCUCUGUAUUUUCCCAAGUUUCUUGUCUCCAUUCAUUUUGACUUGUAUUACAAAACCGAUCUCAGAUUCUGAAUCUCAAUCAGAAUCUGGAUCGUAAUAAUUUCUUGUUUGUCCAAACCAAAAAAAAAGUUUAAAAAAAAGAAUGGCAUCGGAACAAGGUGGUGACGCUAGCCUACGUAGGCGAGGCUGUUCAUGCACAAAAGAUGAUUUCUUACCGGAGGAAUCGUUCCAAAGCAUGGGGAAUUACUUUAAGGCACUUAAAGAAACACCUAGUAGGUUCUUGGAUCGUAUUACCACUCGUUCACUCGACACCGACGAGAUCAACGAGAUAAAGGCUCGUAGUGGUCACGAGAUGAAGAAAACGUUGACGUGGUGGGAUCUGAUGUGGUUUGGUAUCGGUGCAGUCAUUGGCUCCGGUAUAUUCGUUCUCACCGGACUUGAAGCACGUGAAUUUUCCGGUCCUGCCGUUGUGGUGUCUUAUGCCGUCUCCGGUGUCUCCGCCAUGCUUUCCGUCUUUUGUUACACCGAGUUCGCCGUUGAGAUUCCCGUCGCUGGCGGUUCUUUCGCUUACUUAAGAGUGGAGCUAGGGGACUUCAUGGCAUUCAUCGCCGCCGGAAACAUAAUCCUCGAAUACGUAGUCGGCGGAGCUGCCGUUGCUCGAUCAUGGACCUCUUACUUCGCCACUCUUUUGAAUCAUAAACCUGACGACUUCCGCGUCAUAGUUCCCCGUCUUGGCGAAGACUAUAGCCACUUAGAUCCAAUCGCCGUCGGAGUUUGCGUGAUCAUUUGCGUUUUAGCAGUCCUUGGCACAAAAGGAUCCUCAAGAUUUAAUUACAUCGCUUCUAUAAUCCACAUGGUCGUGAUUCUCUUUGUUGUUAUCGCGGGAUUUACUAAAGCCAACCUAAAAAACUACAGCGAUUUCACUCCGUAUGGCGUUAGAGGAGUGUUUAAAUCCGCGGCGGUUCUUUUCUUUGCCUAUAUUGGAUUUGAUGCUGUUUCGACGAUGGCUGAGGAGACCAAAAAUCCAGGGAGAGAUAUUCCUAUUGGUCUUGUUGGAUCGAUGGUGGUUACCACGGUUUGUUAUUGUCUCAUGGCGGUUGCGUUGUGUCUCAUGCAACCGUAUAGCCAGAUUGAUCCGGAUGCGCCAUUCUCGGUUGCUUUUUCGGAUGUUGGAUGGGAUUGGGCUAAGUACAUUGUCGCGUUUGGUGCCCUUAAAGGUAUGACGACGGUUUUGUUAGUUGGAGCCAUUGGUCAAGCUAGGUACAUGACGCACAUUGCCCGGACCCAUAUGUUGCCUCCAUGGCUAGCUCAAGUCAACGCAAAGACCGGAACACCGAUUAACGCUACCGUGGUAAUGCUCGCAGCGACAGCUCUCAUAGCCUUCUUCACAAAACUGAGAAUUUUAGCCGAUCUCUUGUCUGUUUCGACACUUUUCAUCUUCAUGUUCGUUGCUGUGGCUCUUCUCGUCAGAAGAUAUUACGUCACCGGAGAAACAUCUUCUCGUGACCGUAACAAGUUUUUAGUGUUCUUAGGUUUGAUUUUUGCGUCCUCAACCGCGACUGCUGUAUAUUGGGCCUUGGGAAAAGAAGAUUGGAUUGGAUAUUGCGUUUCGGCUCCGAUAUGGUUUUUGUCUACAGCUGGAAUGAAAUUUCUUGUACCGCAAGCUAGGGCUCCGAAAGUUUGGGGUGUUCCUUUGGUCCCGUGGUUGCCUUCAGCUUCGAUCGCUAUUAAUAUAUUUCUUCUUGGUUCGAUCGAUGUCAAAUCUUUCAUUAGGUUUGCAAUCUGGACAGGUGUUCUGCUUGUAUAUUAUGUCUUGUUUGGGUUGCACGCAACGUAUGAUACAGCUAAGGCGACGUUGAAGGAGAAGAUGGCUUUGCAGGAAGCUGAGGAAGGUGGUGUUGUUGCUGAUAAUUCAGCUUCUACAGCUUUAGAUCACUAGUUGUUUUUUAAAAGAUAUUGGCUUUGGCUUUCAGUUUUAUUAGUUGUCAGAUUCUUCAUUUGGUUAAUUAGGCUUCUCUCA